AUGAUUUUUGAAGACCAGCGAUUUCUCCACGAGGAUCUCGAGCGCCUCGAGCAGGCUGUUGCUGAUCGCAAGGCUGAGAACCCCCAAAACAUUCGACAGAGACUUGCUCGAGACCAUGAGCUUGCUCGAUUUUUAACCAGAAUUGAAGAACAGUCGAAACGCCUCCUGGAAAUCUACAAGGAUGCCGAUGGACUUCGCGAAAAAGAAGCGCAGGCCAUUGCGACUGGAGAUCAGUUCGAAGAAUUCUAUAAGCAGCUGGAUGAGAUCAAGGACUUCCACAAACGCUAUCCCAAUGAACCGGCCGAGAACCUUGAGCAAGCAUAUAAACGCGGCGAUGGCGAGGGGCCACGUCGCGAGGUGGACAACAUGUUUACUGGCGAAGAAGGAUUUGGACGAUUCCUGGAUCUGACGCGGACCCAUGAAGAGUAUUUGAAUCUUCCCGGAGUUAAGCGGCUGUCAUACGUUCAAUACCUUGAUGUCUUCGACGUCCUUACGCCGCCCGCCCUGAACAUCAAGCGGAAAGAUAAGGUCUCCGAUAAAUACUUUCACUAUGUUGGUGAACUUGCCAGUUACCUGGAAGGUUUCAUUAAGCGGGUGCGGCCAUUGCAGGAUCUCAACAAGUUGUUUGCUACAUUUGACGAAGAAUUCGACAACCAAUGGUCUUCGAAGCAGGUUCCAGGUUGGAUGGAGGAGGAGAAUUCUGCAUCUGGACCCAUGACAGAAGGCACCGGUGAAGGGAUCUGGUGUGUAGACUGCGAGAAGGAGUUCAAGAACAGCAACGUGUAUAAGAAUCAUUUGACCGGAAAGAAGCAUAUCCGUGCUGCCGAGGCCCGUGAAGCUUCCGGCCGGUCGAAUGAGACAACAUCAGCCCCUGUUGCCAAUGGUUCUUCAUCCUUUAGCCUGAAAGAGCGUGCAGUUGCCGAGCGCGAACACCGCAUUCGAUGCUUGACAAAGGAGCUACAAUCGGAGCGCCAAGCCACCCGAACCAAUGUGGAGCGGCGACAGGGUCAGACAGAGCGCGAACGUCAGAUGGAUUAUGAAGCCAUGAUGGCUGAAGAUGAGGACUAUGGCGAAAGCCGUGACAGGGAUCGUUCUGAUGACGACGAUGAUGAAGAUCGAAUUUACAACCCAUUGAAACUGCCAUUGGCAUGGGAUGGCAAGCCUAUUCCGUACUGGCUUUACAAGUUGCACGGUCUGGGUGUUGAAUAUCCAUGUGAGAUCUGCGGAAAUUAUGUUUACAUGGGUCGCCGGGCUUUUGAUAAGCAUUUCUCCGAAGCCUUACACAUCUACGGUCUGAAGUGCUUGGGAAUCACAACGAACACCAAUCUAUUUCGUGAGAUUACUCGGAUUGAAGACGCUAUGCGUCUGUGGGAGAAACUCGAGGGUGAUCGUAAGAAGGAGCGGGACUCCCGUGACAAUGUUGUGCAGAUGGAGGAUGCCGAGGGCAACGUUAUGCCGGAGAGAAUCUAUCUGGACCUCCAAAAGCAGGGAAUUCUAUAA